AUGGCUCCCUCCGAAAAGCGCGACCUGGCAGACAAUCCUAAAGAUACCAACACUCACGACACCAAGGGAACGCCUCACAACCCCACACCAUCUCCUACGCGCCGAGUCCAAGCCCCUUCGCGCCUCAAGCCGAUACUCCUUUCUCUUACUUUCCUUCUCAUCACUCUCUUCGCCCUCAUCUACAUAUCCUACCACUACUGGGAUCCGCUCUGCAUGUUCACAUGCCAGCCUCUAUUCGGCCAUCGACACCACUACAACUCAUCAGAGCCUGUGCGCAUGUGUCCGUACCCGGCACAGGGACACGAGAAGGAAGCGUGGUGCCGGGAAGUUUAUCCAAACGGAACGGUGGUGGAUUUCAACAUGACGGAUGAGAGUGGGAAACUUCCUCUGUGA